AGCCGAGCGAGCGGUGAGUCCGACAGUCGGGUCUGAGCUGUCGCAUCCCAGAGUCCUCUCAUUGCCGCCACCCCGGCCCGAGCUCAUCCUCGCUUCCGAAGCUCUCCGCGCGCCCGACAGCUCGGCCCUCGCCCGUGACCAACAUCAUGUGCGGUAUAUUUGCUUAUUUAAAUUACCAUGUUCCUCGAACAAGACGAGAGAUCUUGGAGACACUAAUCAAAGGCCUUCAGAGACUGGAAUACAGAGGAUAUGAUUCUGCCGGUGUGGGACUUGACGGAGGCAAUGACAAAGACUGGGAAGCCAACGCCUGCAAAAUUCAGCUCAUUAAGAAGAAAGGAAAAGUUAAGGCACUGGAUGAAGAAGUUCACAAACAACAAGAUAUGGACUUGGAUAUAGAAUUUGAUGUGCAUCUUGGAAUAGCUCAUACCCGUUGGGCGACACAUGGAGAACCCAAUCCUGUCAAUAGUCAUCCCCAGCGCUCUGAUAAAAAUAAUGAGUUCAUUGUUAUUCAUAAUGGAAUCAUCACCAACUACAAAGACUUGAAAAAGUUUCUGGAAGGCGCCUUUGCUCUUGUGUUUAAAAGUGUCCAUUUUCCCGGGCAAGCAGUUGGCACAAGGCGAGGUAGCCCUCUCUUAAUUGGUGUGCGGAGUGAGCAUAAGCUUUCUACAGAUCACAUUCCAAUUCUGUACAGAACAGCUAGGACUCAGAUUGGAUCACAGUGCACAUGGUGGGGAUCACAGGCAGAACGAGGCAAAGACAAGAAAGGAAGCUGCGGUCUUUCCCGUGUGGACAGCACGACAUGCCUUUUCCCUGUUGAGGAAAAGGCAGUUGAAUAUUACUUUGCUUCUGAUGCAAGUGCCGUGAUAGAGCACACCAAUCGCGUCAUCUUUCUGGAAGAUGAUGAUGUUGCAGCAGUGGUGGAUGGCCGUCUCUCUAUCCACCGGAUUAAACGGACUGCAGGGGACCAUCCUGGCCGAGCUGUGCAAACUCUCCAGAUGGAGCUCCAGCAGAUCAUGAAGGGCAACUUUAGUUCAUUUAUGCAGAAGGAAAUUUUUGAGCAGCCAGAAUCCGUUGUGAACACAAUGAGAGGAAGAGUUAAUUUUGACGACUACACUGUGAAUUUGGGAGGUUUGAAAGAUCACAUUAAGGAGAUCCAGCGGUGUCGGCGGUUGAUUCUUAUUGCUUGUGGCACAAGUUACCACGCUGGUAUGGCAACCCGGCAGGUCCUGGAGGAGCUGACAGAGCUGCCGGUCAUGGUGGAGCUGGCCAGUGACUUCCUGGAUAGAAACACUCCAGUCUUCCGAGAUGAUGUCUGCUUUUUCAUUAGUCAAUCAGGUGAGACAGCUGACACCCUGAUGGGUCUUCGUUACUGUAAGGAGAGAGGAGCCUUAACCGUGGGGAUCACAAAUACAGUCGGCAGUUCUAUAUCAAGGGAGACAGAUUGCGGGGUUCAUAUUAAUGCUGGUCCUGAGAUUGGUGUGGCCAGUACAAAGGCAUACACCAGCCAGUUUGUGUCCCUGGUGAUGUUUGCUCUCAUGAUGUGUGAUGACAGGAUCUCCAUGCAAGAGAGACGAAAAGAGAUCAUGCUUGGACUGAAGCGACUGCCUGACUUGAUUAAGGAAGUGCUGAGCAUGGAUGAUGAAAUCCAGAAGCUGGCGACAGAGCUUUACCACCAGAAGUCGGUCCUGAUAAUGGGGCGGGGCUACCAUUAUGCUACAUGCCUCGAAGGAGCCCUGAAAAUCAAGGAGAUUACUUACAUGCACUCAGAAGGCAUCCUUGCUGGUGAGCUCAAGCACGGCCCUCUAGCCUUGGUGGACAAGUUGAUGCCUGUCAUCAUGAUCAUCAUGCGAGACCACACUUAUACCAAGUGCCAGAACGCUCUUCAGCAGGUGGUUGCGCGGCAGGGGCGUCCAGUCGUGAUCUGUGAUAAGGAGGAUACUGAGACCAUUAAGAAUACAAAGAGGACAAUCAAGGUGCCCCACUCAGUGGACUGCUUGCAGGGCAUCCUCAGUGUGAUCCCGCUUCAGCUGCUGGCUUUCCACCUGGCUGUGCUGAGAGGCUACGAUGUUGAUUUUCCACGGAAUCUUGCCAAAUCUGUAACAGUAGAGUAAAAGACACCUGAAACUUAAGACAGUUAAGCAACACAAGAUACCUUUUGUAUUUAAAUUUUUGAUUUAAACUAUUGCUUCCUGAAAGCCUUUUUUAGUAAAUCUUAUUUCUAUAUCAGUUAUAAUUAUCCCACUCAACUAAUUUUUGUGCAAUUGUCUCAUUUUCAAUAAUAUAUCGGGGAACUUGAUUCAUAGAAUUUAAAUCUAAAUCUAAAAUCAGAGAGAUCUCAGCUGUAUUUUGUUCAGAGAACUGGAUAAUGGAUUUCUGGGCCCUCCACUCCAUCGAGGAGGCUUGGUGAGUGUUGAGGCGCUUGGUGUUUGCUUCAGCAUAACGUGAUUCGGUCGGUCAGACUGAGGGAAGACCAGGGCAUUGAAUUGGAAGACUCGAAGUCAGUUUAUGCCAGUGCCUGGACAGCCACUGAAGGCUUUGCUGCACUACUUAUAAAUAGAAGAUGCUGCAGUUUAUUUUGAAGCUUGUUUGUUUUGUUUUUAAAUCAAACUGUACACCAAAAAACUUGGUGAGAUUUUUAUCUUAGUUUAGUUCAAACAUGUCUGUCAUCUCUGUAGACUUUGCCUUUGGGAUCCACUCCUUAUUUCUUCAUCUCCUAAGAGUAGUUGGCAUUUUCUUGCAACUGUAGAGCUUAGCUGAAAAGCAAGUACUGUUUGUUGAGUGACGUGCUUUGUAGGUGCCUUUGACAUCAUAGUACAGAACAUCAUAGCACAUGUUGUCAAGCCUCUCCGAUUGGUAUCUGCAUGCUCAGUUCUCUCUUCAGCUUUGUCCCAAGAAGAGCUCCCUGCAGUUUCAUUUAACUUCCUCCUCUGCCUUGUUGCAGAAAGCAUCCCUUGGUGCCCGUGUGGAAAUUCUUUUGAAUUGCUUAGGGGCUUGCCCACCUUGCUGCUCAUUUGACCCUCGGUGUAUGUGGCAGGCUCGGCUGAGAAGGGCACAUACUUGGCACUGUGGAGUGAUGUCAGUGUCAGGUGUGCUUGAUUGAUGUUUUCCUUUGGACUGUCUUGACUCCUGUUGAGGAGUGAAUGCAGUAUAAAUAUGUGAGAUUGUCAUGCCUUCAGCUGAUUGUGUCAGGAAUGCAGGUCAGCAAGUUGGAUAAAAUAUUUAAAAUAGAACAUUAGUUUGACACCCCAAAAAUGUGCAGAGUAAUUUCUUCACAGAACUAUUUGGGUCAGAUUGUGUGGGCAGUGGGAAGGCGUGUUUGCGUUCAGGUUAGGUCCGUUGUUUUCAAAAGCUUUCACCUGUGCACUGUGAAGGCGCAGUGCUUCGUGGAGUCAGCGGCUCACGCCUUGUGUUUGAAUUUAAUGGUAAGCAGUUAACGUUUGCGAAGGUGAGUUGAAGAAAGAGUUGAUGUCACUUUAGGCAUUUUAGAAGGCUUCACUCACACUGAUGGAGGCUGGAAACCUGAUGUUUAUAACAUAAGACAGGGCCACAGUUCGAACUCCACGAACUCCACAUCACUGCUUUGGGUACGUUCCUCUGUUGUAUUUGUCCCUAAGACUUCAUGUUAGUGGAGCAUAUGUGUAAGGUCAUUUCUUAUGUCUGAUGUAGUCGCACAGCUGCUCGUGUUUGGGUGUGGCUUUUGUUUGGUGUGUUGCUCUGGAGCACAGGGUGAUGUUGGAAUGUUGAGACACUGUGAAAUUGGGAGACGAUCAGCUCAGUGCUUUCUGUCCCUGUCAGCUCAGUCACUAACCCAGGGUCCUGUUGGAGCAGUUUUGAAUUAUGCAGUUCAGUCUUGCUAACCAAGACUUGCAGUGGAACAUAACAAUUUUUUUUUUGUCUUCUCUCUAUGAUGUUAAACCCAUUCACCAGUUUCUCACCCAUACACACUCCAAGCUAGAAUAAAUACAAAAGCAGUCAGGAGCCCAAAUGAGACCAGGGUAGUACUGUCUAACCAAAUAUUAUUGUUUUCCAUAUUCCAUUUUGCUUUCUACCUAAAUUCUUUUUGAUUUUUCGAGACAGGGUUUUUCUGUAUAGCUCUGGCUGUCCUGGAACUCACUUUGUAGACCAGGCUGGCCUCGAACUCAGAAAUCUACCUGCCUCUGCCUCCUGAGUGCUGCUAAAUUCUUUUAUUAGUUCUUAAUACUCAAAUAUUUUAGCAAGGCAAGGCACUAGGUGAGUAAGUCCCACUAAUUUGGUAUAAUACAGGACAUAGAAAUCUAAUUUUUCAAAUCAAAAAUACCCUGUAAAAGGGAGGCUUUCUAUUAAAAUCCCCCCCCCAACCCCCAGCUCCCUUUAGUUUUUUAAGACAGGGUUUCUCUGUGCAGUCCUGACUGACCUGGAACUCACUCUGUAGAUCAGAGCUGGCCUUGAACUCACAGAGAUCUGCCUACCUCUUCCUCCAGAGUACUGGCAUCAAAGACGUGCACUACCACCACCUGGCUAAAAUUCAUUCUUUCUUUUCUUUUCUUUCUUUCUUAAUUUCUUUCUUUU